AUGGCAGUGGCAGGUUUCUACAGGAGAGUGCUUCCUUCUCCUCCUGCAAUUGAGUUCGCUUCUCCACAAGGCAAGCAACUGUUCACUGAAGCACUUGAAGGAGGGACUAUGAAUUCAUUUUUCAAAUUAAUAUCUUACUAUCAAACUCAAUCAGAGCCUGCCUUCUGCGGACUUGCCAGCCUUGCCGUGGUCUUAAAUGCCCUAGCAAUAGAUCCUGGAAGAACAUGGAAAGGCCCAUGGAGAUGGUUUGAUGAUUCAAUGCUUGAUUGUUGCGAACCCUUGGUUAAGAUCAAAGAAAAAGGCAUUACUUUUGGGAAAGUUGCUUGCUUGGCUCAUUGCAAUGGAGCUAAAGUUGAAGCUUUUAGGACAAAUGAAAUCACAGUUGAUGGUUUCAGGAGAUUUGUGGUUUCUUGUAAUUCUUCAGAGGAUUGUUAUAUCGUUUCAUCGUAUCACAGAAGGGCUUUUAAACAGACUGGAAGUGGUCAUUUCUCUCCAAUUGGAGGCUACCAUGCUGGAAAGGAUAUGGUUCUUAUCUUGGAUGUUGCUAGAUUCAAAUACCCACCUCACUGGGUUCCUCUUGAACUUCUUUGGGAGGCUAUGAGUACUAUUGAUGAAGCAACAGGACAUCAUAGGGGGUUCAUGAUAAUUUCAAGGCUUGACAAAGCACCAUCUAUUCUUUAUACUUUGAGCUGUAGGUAUGAGGGUUGGAGCAGUGUUGCCAAUUACUUGAGCACAGAAGUUCCCCGCCUUUUGAAAUCAGAGGAUGUAAAAGAUGUAGACAAAGUACUCUCUGUUGUAUUCAAAUCACCACCUGCUGACCUCAGAGAGUUCAUCAAAUGGGUUGCAGAAGUUCGGAGACAGGAUGAUGGGGGCAUAAUCUUAAGUGAAGAAGAGAAAGGAAGGCUUUCCAUCAAGGAAGAGGUGUUGAAGCAAGUACAAGGGACUGAACUAUUUAACUAUGUGACCAGAUGGUUGGUUCUCGAAAUCUCAACAUGUCAAGAUGCAAUUUCAGGUCAUACAGGUGCACUGCCUGAAAUUGCUGCAAAUGUCUGCAGCCAAGGAGCAAAACUUUUGGCCGGGAAAUUUAGUUCAUUGGAUUGUAUGGGUUUCAAGAAAGAAGAUGUGAAAUUUCUAAAAAAUGAUGGUGAAAAGUCUGUAACAGUAGUGUCAGGAACUGUGUUCACUGAUGGCACUGAACAAGGUGUUGACAUGCUGGUUCCUUUAUCUCAGACAAAGGCCAGUAGUUUGUGUGAUCUAUGUCAGAAUGGUUGCUGUGGAUUCCAUCCAUCUGCCGGAGAUGUUUUAACAGUUCUCAUAUUUGCCCUACCUCAAAAUACGUGGUCCAGUGUUAAAGAUGAGAAACUGCAUGCACAAAUCAUUCGUCUUGUGUCAAUCGACAAUCUCCCCCUUUGCUUCAAGAGGAGGUAA